UGCUCCAGGAGUGAGGCGCGCGCGUGGACGCACAACCCUCCUCAUUCCGAGUGGUGACGACAUCCUGGCAGGAUGAGGCCGCCGGUCCCCGUCUAGAACGAGUGUGUGUUCAGCUUUAGUGCGCUGCAAUAUCUUCAGGAAUACUCCUCGUCCGCUGCCAGCUUUUGUGGAUUACCAGAAAAAAAGUGGUCCAGGAUCAGCAGAAAGGAAGAAAAAAAAAGUUCGCAUCCAAGAUGAACUUUUCACCGUUCGGGACUCACUUCCCGGGGACCAUCCCGGGGAUUCAUCAGUUUGCCAGCGCGGGUGGACUGGUCACAAGUGUCCCGUCGUCGACGAACCACGACUCGAACAAUCGAUAUCACACCAUCCAGUCGAACGUGAACUCGCACUUCAACCAGGGCCACAAGUACAACGGCCACACGAACGUGACCAGCGCUCCGGCCACGACGACCAGCGGCCAGUACUCGAUUCCGUACAGCCAGCACUCGUCGUCGGAUCCGAACGACCACAAGCAGCGCAACAUGUACCCGGGACAAACGACGGCCGUGAGCACCACCUCGUCAGGGCCCGUCCAAUCGCCUCAGGAACUCAGCCAGGACAUCACGGCCCUGCUCCAGCAAGCGGACAGCAAACGUGUCCUGCAGAACCCGAGCAGCUGGCAAACCCUAGCCCCCGGGGCAUCCGUGGCGGAUUACCUGUCCCACCUGCCAGGAACGGCACUGCCCCUCUCGUUGCACCACUUCCUCAAGUACUCGGCCGAGAAUAUCAAGAAGGAAACGCAGAAUCCGUCUGCGCUGGAUAUGGGACAGAAUGGUAACGGACAGCAGCAGCAUGGCAAUGGGAUGAUUAUCCCGGCGACGCAAACCAUUGCCAACAUUUUGGGACAACCUGGCGGACAAGGGCAAGGGCAGCAGCAGCAUGGACAGCAAGGACCCACCUCCAGUUCCGGUCCCGUGAACGGCACCGCCACCAACGGAGCCCCCGGCGACAAGAAGAAAAAGAAAAAGAAGAAAAAGCCCCCGAAGGAGCGCAAGCCCCGACCGAAACCGGGCGAGAUCCAGGUACGAACCGCCCUGGACGGCAGCCCGCUGUUCCUGUGUCCCGAGUGCCAGAUGGCCUACCCGGAGCGGGAACUGCUCGAGCAACAUCUGAUUGGGCACAACCUGGAGCGUCGAUUUAUUUGCGACAUUUGCAACGCCGCGCUCAAACGGAAGGACCACCUAACGCGUCACAAGCAGAGCCACAACCCGGAACGACCGUUCGUCUGUACGAUUUGCAUGAAGGCCUUUAAGCGCAAGGAACAGUUGACGCUUCAUAUCGUAAUUCAUUCCGGAGAGAAGAGACAUAUCUGCCAGGAGUGUGGAAAAGGCUUCUACCGCAAGGACCACCUCCGGAAGCACACCCGGUCGCACAUUGCCCGCCGACUGAAGGCCGAAAUACAGGCCCAACAGGGUGGAACCGAAGGAGGCUCCACAACGGGGUCUUCCCGCGGAAACAGUCAAUCCCAGCAGCAGCAACAACAACCCCAGCCAGGACCACCUCCCCAACUACAGCUGCCACCGCAGAGCACAAAUCAGCAACUUCAGCCGCCGCAGUACCAUCCGAUUCCGCCGGCGUCGCAGAUGAUGUCCUGAAUUACUCGGACUAUCGGUUGAAAUUAGUAACAUUUUGUGCGUGCGAUUGUGUCGUGACUUUUUGUAGAGAAGGUCUUUCCCCCGCAUUCCUCACUCAAUUAAAGAAAAAGAAUAAUUAGUGUAAUCUAAAAUUUUAGCAUCAAUUACACAGAAAAAAAAAUGAUGGUAAUAUUCAUCAGGAAAUGGUGACAGAUCUUGUGGCAAAAUAAAUGUGUAAUAUUACAUCAAGAAUUGGUGAAUUUUCAUCAGUUUCUGAUGAAUAUUCAUCAGGUUCACAUUUUUACACAUUUUUUGAGUAAUAUUACUCAAAAAAUGAGUAAUAUUCAACCUACCAAAUUUUCAACAUUCCAAAAUUCAACUUUUUUUUGCUGUGUAGGCUUAGUAUGAUUGUGCAAUUCAAGUUUCGUUUUGUUUCGCAAACGUUGCGAUUUGUUCUUUAUUUUAUUUAAUUGAUUUGUUCUAGUCGAAAUUUUCACAAGUCAUUCGCAUUUUAUGCGAGUUCGGGAGCGCGCAAAGGUUUCUUCUUAGCAAAAGAAAUAGGCAUAUUACACGUGAAACUUUAGUUAAUUACUGCAAUAGUUGAGGUUUUUUGUUCUACCAACAUGGAUGGUUUGUUUUAGUUAUCAAGAAUCAAGAUCUCAUACAUUAUACGAAGUAAGGAAAACUUAUGAAAAACACAUUAUAAUGUAAUUGCACCUAGUCGAUAAGAUGUAACCCCGGAAAUGAAAUAUAUGCGCAACAAUAAAUAUUUUGAUACGA